CAUUCAAUCAUUCCGAUACAAGUAACAAAACACCGAACAAGGCAGAAAAAUCUUAUUUUUAGCCUUUCAACAAAAAAAUUUAAUUGGGCAACUGAAAAAUAUGCUGUUGACGCGUUUAAGUCACGCCCUGCCAGGACGUUCGUCAAGCGUUCUCUUGGGCCAGAUCACAGGGCAGCGGGUAUGGCAAUCGACCAAGGUCAUGUCGCUGCUGAACAAGAAUCCUUGGACAUUGCCAUCGAUGGGACGGGGCAAGUCUUUGAUACCAAAGAAGCAACUACAGAAUAUGCUGCGACGGGACUAUUCACGUGAGUCCAAGGAUCGCGAACGUUCGCAUCUGGAGAGCCGUACGCGUGGACCCUCGCUCAAGGAUCGCCUGAUGGGACCGCCCAGCGAGAAUGCCUACUCGAUGGGCAAAGGUGCGGCAGCAGGAGCUGCCCUCAUGGGUCUCGUGGGUCUCUGCUACUACGGUCUGGGCCUGUCCAAGCAAGCCAGUGUCUAUGAUCAUUCGAUGAUGUGGCCGCAGUAUGUGAGGGAUCGCAUCCAUGCCACCUAUGCGUACUUUGGGGCAUCGUGUGGCAUUACAGCUGCUGCAGCGGCUGCCUUUUUCCAGUCUGAGGCCAUCAUGAAUCUGAUGACACGCUCCGGUAUGAUUGCCGGGCUCAUUACCCUGGGCGUGGUGAUGGCCACUGGUGCCAUUACCCACGCAAUCGAAUACGAGGAAGGAUUCGGGGUGAAGCAGCUGGCCUGGCUGGCGCACUGUACCGUUCUGGGCGCCGUGCUGGCUCCCAUGUGCCUCCUGGGUGGUCCGAUUCUGACCAGGGCCAUGCUCUACACGGGCGGUAUUGUUGGCGCCCUAUCCACGGUGGCCGCGUGUGCACCAAGCGAUAAAUUUCUCCACCUGGGCGGUCCAUUGGCCAUUGGAUUGGGCGUGGUCUUUGCCUCAUCUUUGGCGGGCAUGUGGCUGCCACCGACGUCGGCCUUGGGCGCUGGCCUGGCCAGCAUGUCACUCUACGGUGGAUUGAUCUUGUUCAGCGGAUUUCUGCUCUACGACACGCAGCGAAUCGUACGCGCAGCCGAGUUGCAUCCACAGCAUGGCGUUUCCAAAUUUGAUCCCAUCAAUAUGGCUCUGGCCAUAUAUAUGGAUGCUCUCAAUAUAUUUAUACGCAUUGCCAUGAUUCUUGCCACCGAGAAUCAGCGCAAGAAGUAGAAGCGAAUCAAACAAUCGGACAAUCGGAAUUGGGUUUUAGGUUGAAGAAAAUCAUUCAAAUAUAAAUUGAAAAAUGGGACGAAUCAAAAUUGAAACACAGUACAUUGUUAACUUAAUUAAAAAAAUGGUCAGCACACGAAAUAAAUAUGAAAUCACAUAAGAAAUUCUUUGUGCAU